CAAAAUGCAAGCUUUUAUUUUGACAGGGUGAACCGGAAGUGUUUCUGCCUUGACUGAUUUGGUUAAUAUCAGUUAUCUUGUAGUUACUAUGCAGCAACGAGAGGAGAAGCAGCUGGAGGCGGCGGUGGAGUCUCUCGUUUCUCGGGUCGCUCACGUCAAAAACGCUCUUCACAGUUUCAUCUACAAGCUGGAGAAUGAAGAGAGAUUAACAUGGCCCUCUGUUUUGGACAACUUUGCUCUGCUAUCUGGUCAGCUGAACACCAUCAACAAACUGCUCAAGAACGAGAAGACGCCAUCGUUUCGCAACCAGGUUAUAAUACCACUGCUUCUGUCUCCAGACCGAGAUGAGGAUUUAGCAAAACUCACAGAGCAGCGUGUCCCGGUGUUCAGCCAUGAGAUUGUACCGGACUACCUGCGGACCAAGCCUGAUCCAGAGGUGGAGGAGCAGGAGAAGCAGCUGAGUGUUGAGGCAGCACGAAUUGGCCCAGAGGUGGCACAGAAACAGAUCCAGACGUUGAAUAAACUGUGUUCCAAUCUGCUGGAGAAGCUCAACAACCCUCGUGAUGACAGAGAUGCAGAGAGUUCAGCAAUACGACAGAGCAAACCGUCUUUCAACCCCGCCGACACUAACGCAUUGGUUGGAGCCGUUGCAUUUGGAAAGGGGCUUUCCAAAUGUAGGCCUCCAGGUCCAGUGGCCCCUGGGCAUCCAGGACAAGGGCCCAUGAUGAGUGGAGGUCCAACCUUACAGCAGGUCACCAUUGGCGGUGGUUCAAGCCAGCAAGCAGGUAUGGGAGGACCCGGGGCUCCACAGCAGCAAGGGCAGCCAGGUAGGAGACCUGGAGAGCUGGGAAAAAUGCCAAGCAGCAUCAAGACAAACAUCAAAUCUGCGUCUGGUUCAAUGCAUCCUUAUAACCGAUGAGCCCUCUCUUUCUUAUUUGUUCACAAUUAUUUGUUACAUUUCAGAGAUUCACCUACAAUGACAAGAUUUGUAAUACUCACCUUUGUAAUAUUAUAUAUGCCCAUUAUUUUCGUGGAACGGACCAACUUCUACGAAGUUAUUACUCUGUUCUCUCUAAAGCUGUUUCACUGACAUUCUUAGUGUUCAAUUAUCUCAAACAUAAAAUGUUAAUAUUUGCGACCUUUUAGGGUAUAUUUUUCAUUUUUGAUACAUCACCUGAGUCUCAGUGUGUGAGCCACUAGAUGGCAGUAUGUCACCAUUUGUGGGAGUAGAAUAGCUUGGAUUUAGAACUGUACUAUUGACUCUUUUUCAAUAAAAGAUGUGUUAAAAGAACUA